CUCACAAUACCGACACGUAGCACACGCGCAUCCGCCCACUUCGUUGAAUGGACGAAGACGCUGUAACGUUUCCCAACGUUCUCCUCAGCCUUCUCGACAGCCAGACAGCGCUGACGUCAGUACACAACGUCGCCGUGACAAUCCAAUGCCACAGGGCCGAAUACAGCGUCCAAUUGAAGGCAUUCGACGGCUCUUCGACGGUAGUAUUGGACGAGUCGGUGACGGCGGAUACCGAGCGGUGCCGUGGCGUGCGGUGUUUGCAUGUGCUGACGUUUUCGAGCUGCACAGUCUCGUUAAAGUUCGCUGAAACGAACGCAUGGAAUGCAUUUGAUCGGUUGUUGACUUCGUGUUGUCAAUGUGUUCGUUCAUCCGUGUUUACUCUUCGCACUGAAGAUACGUCUGCCAAGCAGUACUUCCAGUUUUAUGGAUAUCUUGCCCAGCAACAGAAUAUGAUGCUGGAUUUUGUCCGAACUGCGACAUACCAGAAGGCUUUCCUUCAGAAUAGUGCUGACUUCAGAGAUAAGGUUGUAAUAGAUGUUGGCGCAGGAUCAGGAAUUCUUUCCUUUUUUGCCAUCCAAGCCGGUGCUCGUCGUGUCUACGCUAUCGAAGCCAGUUCUAUUGUAAAACAAUGUCAAGUACUGGUCAAGGGAAAUAACUUAAGUGACAAGAUAAUUGUCAUGGCUGGGAAAGUGGAAGAAGUAAUGUUGCCCGAGCAAGCAGACAUUUUGAUAUCCGAGCCAAUGGGUUAUAUGCUAGUAAAUGAACGGAUGUUGGAGACGUUCAUGUAUGCAAAGAAAUGGCUGAAGCCGGGGGGUCAUAUGUUUCCAACAGAGGGCGUUUUAUAUGCUGCUCCAUUCACUGACGACACUCUAUACAUGGAGCAAUAUUCAAAGGCUUAUUUCUGGUCUCAAACAUGUUUUCAUGGUGUUAACUUGUCUUCAUUAAGUCAAAGUGCAGUCGAAGAAUACUUUAGGCAGCCAAUUGUGGAUACAUUUGAUUAUCGUAUAUUAAUGGCCCAACCCAUCAAACACAAGAUAAGCUUUCUGAAAGACAAAGAAUCGAGCCUCGAAGACAUUACAGUUCCCUUUACGUUUCAAGUCAUCUGCGGUGGCGUGGUGCAUGGCCUGGCCUUCUGGUUCGACGUCGCAUUCAUCGGCUCAGCAACGACCGUUUGGCUCUCGACGGCUCCGAACGAGCCACUCACUCACUGGUACCAAGUCCGGUGCCUCAUACCCGCACCUCUCUUCAUCGCUGGUGGCCAGACUCUUUCAGGAAACAUUCACCUGAUCUCGAACAGAAGGCAGAGUUAUGAAGUGCAUGUUGAUAUUGGUGUGGACGGGGCGGCGUCGCGGGUAUCGAACACUCUGGACUUGAAGAAUCCGUUUUUUCGAUACAGCGGACAGCCAGUGCAGCCACCGCCCGGUUCUCACUUGCAGUCGCCGACUGAAGCAUUCUGGAAUAACGUCUCGUCGGUGAUGUCAAUGAGUAGCAGCACAGCUGAACAGGUGACGUCGGUCCUGCAGGCCAUGCCGGCGACUCAAACGGUCCCCAUUCCCGUUCCCGUUCCCGAACCGUCGUAUAGUCUUAACUAUAGUGUGAAUAGCAUCAUGGCAGGAACUGCCAUGGGUUCAUCAGCGGUGACAUCAUCGAUGUCGGCGUCUCAGCCCGAGAACUCGCUUCUAGUGGACAGCAAUGGAAUCCUGUGGACUAAGCAAGGGCCUGCGGUGGCAGUGGCUGCUCCUAGUUUGCCUCACAUGGGACAGGCUCAUCAUUCGUUAGUCAACGGUUCCGGAUCGGGAAUCAUACAGUCUGCAUUCACGCCGCAAUUUGUGGAGGGUAAAUCACGUCAAACUCCACCGCAUCGGAUGUCGCCUCAGCAGAAGUAGGAACAUCGUCGGGGGAAUGUCGAUGAAGAAAAAGAGGAUUCGGUACUUUGGGAGCCGUAGAUGACACGAUGCUUGUUUGGACUUCUAGGAUGAUCAUGUAGUGUGCGUUGUCAUUUGCCUUCUUGCAAUGCGCAGUAGCCUGUCUGACUGACCGCGUCAUUGUGUACGUCAUAGCUGUGACAUAUGAUGGUACCAAAACAUGGCUGUACUCUUUGAGAUUGUGGAGUCGUGCACGGUUGUUGUAAAACUGUGGCCAGUUGUACUGCUCA